AUGUACAGGGUGUUGGUUAAGACCCUGCCUACUAUUAGUUUGAGAAGGGUUAUAGACAUGGGCAGACCCUGGAAAAUCCAAAAGAUACAGCGCUUUUUGGAAAACUACGAAAAACCUACUAUCAGAAAGAGCAGAGCAUCACAUGAAUUUGCGAGUAGACGCAAGUCCAUGUUUUUACACUAUUGUAUUAGGGUAAUUAACUAUGCAAAACAAAGAAAUCUGCCGGUAGACCUAGAAUCAUUCAAUCGCGGUUAUGCCGCGAAGACUGUUACUAUUGAUAUAGAUGACAUUAAUUCCAAUAAAGAAAUUGAAAACGGAACAAAAGGUUAUUCCAGAAAAGAACUGGUAGCGAUGUACAAAAGAUUAAAUUGA